AUGGUGAAAUUAAAAAAUGUGAUUGAUAAAUUCAUUGAUUCUGCAAAUGGAAAUCCUGAUACAACUUGGUGGAAUCAAAUCGUUGAUUAUAAAUCACAAUCUGGUGGAUCAGUUUUAACAGGUUGGCUAGCUACUUUUUGUGUAUUCGAUAAUGAUGGUAAAUAUAAUGAUGAUAGAUAUAUAAUGUCAUAUAAGGGUAAUCAAAAAGAGGAUUUUCCAAGGCCAAGAGUUAAUAUUGAUACAAUUGCAAAUGGAUUCGUAUCAUGUCCAGUUUUACUAAAAGAUUUAAAUCAUGAAUACGAUAGUACAAUUUAUUCAGGUCAUUUCGGUUCAAAACUAUUAGAUAAUAAUUCAAAAUUAAUACAAUCAUUAGAUUAG